GCUCGACGGCAUCAGUACGUAUGACCAUCAAUGACAGACGGCACGAGACUGGGCGGGGUAUCAUACCCCAGGCCAAGAUCCGAACCAUCAAAAUGACCCUAAUCAUCGUCAUCGUGUUCAUCCUCUGCUGGAGCCCUUACUUCCUCUACAACCUGCUGGAUAUCUACGAACUGAUGCCAUUAGACAACCCGCUGACAACCCUUAUCCAGAGUGCCGCACCUCUUAACUCAGCUGCCAACCCCAUCAUCUACGGAAUCUUCAGUACUCGAAUCUGCAAAAAUUUAAGGAGAAUCCCGAUGCCGUUCUGCCUACGUAAGCUGAUUUGUCGUUGCAAGGAAACAAAAAAGUUGAGCCGCUUUGCAUUUCGACGCCGCAGUCCCAAGCUGUUUGCCAGCCAGACCACAGACCCUACUCUAACCACCAACGAGGCACACAAGAAAUGUAACCAGUGCCUGAAUGAUGUUCGAUCGCCUCCCGCAAAAGCUCCGGAUUGCCGCUAUGCGUCAGUUCUCACUAAAAACUUCAUGGAUCGCGCCAAUUUCGCGGAAACUGCUGGAGAUUUGCCACUGCAGAGAGAUCAAAAUAAAAAGCGGACGUUGUUCCGACUUUCACGAAACAAAGGAAUAGAUGAUAAGCCAAAUGUUGAAUAUGAAAUGACUCCGUUGUCCAGACAAGGUCUAGGCCAUCUUGGAAGUAGCACUAGCGACGAGUCGACUUUAACAAGUGAUUCCACAGGUCGUUUGCCUGCCUCCAAGCGAGUGCUGGAUUUAAAGAUUUUAUGUGAGAGAAACGAGCAAAGUCCUCAUUUUGCGGUCAGGAAAAUGAACACUAAAGAGUCCAUUAUAGACUCAUCCUCUGAAGAACAGAAAGAUGAAGAUAAGGACGAUCAUAAUAUGGAUAAUUCGUUUAAUCAGAUGAAUUGUAAACAUAUUUCCGAAAAAUCCUUAUCAAAUUGUAACGUUUCCACAACCCAGAAACAAUCUUCUUCUGAAAGUCUGGAUGUAUGUCAUAACGAUGAUGUAACUGCUGAGAUCCAGCAGAGACAACAGAGUGACACUAGAUAUCCAGAAAGUCGCCAUGGCUCGACCAGUCAUGCCAUACAAAACGAAGACCAGCAGUUUUUCUAUCACGUUUUCCAGCAGGAAAAUGACAAUGGACAAUUGCCUAACAACAAUUCUACGUCAGACAAUAAAGAGAAUACAACAUCCAUUGGUAUAACUAGAAGCAGACAGUCGGGAGUACAAGAACGAGUUUCUGACAGAUCCUUAGCCGCCCGACGUCCUUCCGGUGUUCCCACCGUCAGACGCCGACUUAACUCCGAUGACAACGCUCUUUUAAAUAAUAUAGCUAACAAAUGGUUGGUCAACGAGGUGAAUGCUAAUGAGCCCAGCGUUAUUUAA